GGCUGCACAGCGACACCCAGCGGACUUCUUUACGCACGGAGAAUCUGUGACCGACAUGUGGCCGAGGAGCCUACAAACCUACAGCGAGCUUUCCGUGCAUUCAAAUCGGCGGGAUUUCGUAUCUUUUCCCGCAGUGUAGGGGACAGGAUUCCCGGAAAUACACUGACAGAGGACGAGGGGGGACUCCAUGUUGGCUUUUGCACAACCGGAGAUAGCGUUUUGUACCUGAAUCGUCUGCCUUUUCUAAGCGAGGGCAUCUAGUAACCUGAAAUGAGAAGCAACAAGCCAAAGACAUCUGAUGAAACAGACAGUGGAGAAAAGAACAGAGAGGAUGACAAUGAGUCUGCUGUUGCAGAGACUGAUGAAGCAGAUCGGUGCCCCAUCUGUCUUAACCUCUUCUUACGACAAGAACUGGCUGUCCCUGAAAGCUGCUGUCAUGUGUUUUGCCUGACCUGCAUCCUAAAGUGGGCUGAAGUCAACAGAGGGACCUGUUCUCAACAGCUUGUUAAAAACGAUUUCUCUUCUAAAUCCCUUUCGGGUGGCCAGCUUAGUGGAUCGUGUAUCUCAGUUUCUGAAAGCUGUGCAGACUUCCUGGACGUGUACGAAGGAGAGCCUCUGUUACGACAGAAGCGCUGCAGGCUGGAAACGUGUGAGCGGCCCUGGCUGCCUGUCUCCACUGCAGUACCCGCCGACGGACUCGUUCGGCAGUGCUCUGAUCCUUCUGAAAUGCUAAAUGGUUUAUUUCCCUUGAGAUCAUUAUUACCAGACUCUACCUCUCCAACGAAUCCUUUUGCAGCCGGACAUUUCAUAUUCGUUGGCAAAGAGUGUGCUGUCACUUGUUCCAAGGGAGAAGAAAAGAAGAGUUCUUCACGCGCUUCUGGCCCGAAGAGUUCAAAGAACAAAAGUGAGUCCUCCACCACAAGAAGAAGGUCGACCCGCAACAGCAGAACAGACGAAUCAUCCCCUGUACAGGAUCCAAGUUCAUCACAGUCUAACCACUCGGAUUCUGACUCGUCUGUUACAAAUACUUCUGCAAAAGCCAGCAGCAUCUCCAAAAAGCCAGAGAGGCAAGCGGCAAAGAGGAAGUCUAAGCAGGCGGCUAAAGAAAAGCGUCCAGUGAAAAGAAAAGGUAGAGCCACUAGAAACACCUCUAAUAAACCCACGAGUAGUCCAGAGGGGAGUGAUGUUGAACAACAGCAGGUGGAAGAGGAAGAAGAGAAAGAGGCAGCUGAAUGCUCAGAUUUGCUACUGUCAGAUGGUGAUCAAAAUCCAAACACACAAAUGGAUGAUUCCAGUCAGCAUUCAAGUCCAGAAGAUAAUUACACAGAAACAUCCGGUCACAUUUCUGAACAUGAAGACAAUAAUACCAGAUCCUCAGCUGAGAUGAUGAUAAAUGACAAAAGAAAAGAUGACAGUUCUGAUGAGGAAGAGUCAACGUCUCAAAUUAAUGAUGACCUUCCCCCAUUAACUGUGAAGGAGAAGCAGGAUGAAGAUCCAGCUGUCCAACCUAAUCGCUUUCUUCUGUCUUCCGAUGAAGAAGUUUUUAAAGAUUCGGCAGUCUCACCUUGCAGCCAGAAGUCUUUAACACUAGAAGGAGAAAAUGUGGAAGAUAAAGCAGAUUCAGUUUGCUGUGAUCCUCCUUUAAGCUCUUUAGAAAAAUAUGAAGAAGUAAGGGCUGAAAGUGCUUCAGAAAAAGAAGAUUCUAUGUCCUUUAGCAGUGAACGGCCUUACUCACCUGUGGACAUUAACAUGGAUGACAUGGAAGCUAUAGCCCAUGGUGUUAGUUCAGAGUCAGAAGCAAAAGAAUGGUCAUCUGAAAAAUGCAUAUCACCUCAGCCUGUAAAUGAGUCAAGUGAGCACACAGACCCUAAAGCGUGUUCAGAUGAUUUAGAAGAGUUUCAUCAUUCUGAUAAAGAAAGUAAAGAAACUGUAGACAAUGAAUCAAAAGCUGAUCAACCAAACAGAGCCAUUCCCAAGAAAUCUCAGGAGGAAUUGGAUGUGGAAGGGAAAUCUUUACAGGGAUGUGAACAUUUCCAUAUUGAUCCUCAGGUUACAGAAUCUGUGGACAGUAGUGAAUGUAAAAACGGAGUGUCUUUCGCUGAAGAUAAUAAUGAGAUGGUACCAAUGGAAUGUGACUCUCCUAAUAGUGAACUUAGUGAGCUGAAAACUGAAGAGAACAAAACUGAACAUGCCUCUUCUACAGCAGUACGUCUUGUGUCUGACAGCCAAGCUUCUGAAAAUGACAAGAAAAUGGAACAGAAAACUCCAGAUGAGACCACAGAGAGUUCCACAACAGAACAGAAGGAACCAGAGAAAAAGGAAGGGAGGCAGCGCAAAUCACGUUUUCACUCUCCUUCUACAACCUGGUCUCCUAAAAGAGAUUCCAAAAAGGAGAGAAGAAGAUCAAGAUCUAGGUCAAGAGAGCGUGACGCAACCCCACCUACUAGGCGAAGGUCCAGAACACGCAGUAGGGACAGAGAAAGUGAUAGUCAUAGGAGAGACCGUAGCCGUGAGAGAGAAAGAAGAGGGAGAAGACGGUCUAGAAGCAGAUCUCGGUCCAGAACAUAUGGUAGAGGUUCGUCCUCAGAGAGGACCGAGAGGGGUGGUCAUUCCCCUUGGAGAAGGGACAGGUGGUCCAAUGAUAGCUGGAGGAGCUCUAGGGGAAAUGACCGACAGAGAAGAAGUGAUCAGGAAAAGCAAAGUGAUUUCUUAGGCAAAGAAUCUAAUGAGCCUGACAGUGGAGGCUAUGCUGAAAUCCCUCCAGAAAGAGGCAGGACAGAAAAUCCAGACUGGGUAAAAGAAAAAGUAAAGUCUGACUUGGAGUUGAGAAGCCGUGACACUGGAGUUCUUAAUGAAUCUCGAUGGGAUGAAAAUAAGAAUGAUGGUGCAGGAGACUCCUGGAAUCGCAGUUUCAGCCCAGGGGGUUGGAAAUCGGAUCGUGGGCGUGGUGGGGGAUCUGGGCGUGGUGGUGGCUUCAGGGGAGGUUUUGGGCAGGCGGAACCAAUAGAAAACCGCUGGCAACCAAGAAAUUCUUUCUCAGGGAUCUCUAACAAUUCAGGGAAUGACUCUUACAGUCGGUUCAAUGAAAACCGUCACAAUAGACGGAAGGGCGAUCAGGAUUUUGUAGCCGAACCUCCCGUGGAUCGUUCUGGCUGGUCCUCUGCUUCCAGCUGGGCUGUGCGCAGAACUCUGCCAGCCGAUGUGCAGAAUUACUACUCCAGGAAGGGGAGGAACUCUUCAGGCUCACAGGGGGGGUGGAUGAAACAAGAGGAGGAGACACCUGGGCAAGAUGCAACUGUCAACGAACAGAACAGUCAGCCCGGUGACUGCCAGCAGCUUCCUGUUAAUGUGAUGCAUCACCAAAUGAAUGUAAUCCCGCAGCCAGUCAAUCCACAGCCUAUUAACCCACAGCCUGUGAACAUCCUGCAGUUCCCUAUGGGCGUGCCCACACCUGCAAUGAACAUCCAGCCUGCCCCAUUCAACAUGUCCCACCAGUUACCAGUGCACAUCCACUCUGCGGUGCCCCUCAUGCAGGUGCCAGCUCCUGGGUCUCAGGGUCUACCCCCACCCCCACCCCCUCCUCCACCUACACAGCAGGCUAGCUUUGUGGCCCCGCAGUUGGACAGCAAACAGCCUCAGGCAGUGACCAGUGCCCAGGGGGGUAACAAGUUCAGCGCCCCUCUCCUGCCCAAUCCAACCAAAGUCCCGGGAAGUGCAGUUCAGGGACCACCUAGCAUCAUUCUUCCAUCGUCCACCACCCAGAGCAGCGCGGCUGGAAAAUCCAUUUUGAGUAAAGAAACCAUCAGAGUUGAAGUCAAUGCUGACAGUUCAAAGAAAGAAAAGAAGCUGCAAAUUCAGGAAAGAGCUAUACAAGAAGUUAAGCUGGCAAUUAAACCAUAUUACCAAAACAAGGACAUCACCAAGGAUGAAUACAAAGAGAUUGUACGCAAAGCAGUGGAUAAAAUUUGUCAUAGCAAGAGUGGAGAAGUCAAUUCUGCCAAGGUGGCAAAUCUGGUGAAGGCAUACGUCGAUAAAUACAAACAUGCCCGCAAGAAUAAAACAGAAGAUCAUGGAAAGUUAUGAAACAUGUUUCUUUAAAUAUUUGCUAAGUGCAAUUUCUACCAACUGUAACAUUAUAUUCAAACUCUUAGGGACAGACUGGAAAUAAGGUUUUGAUAUCGCCAACGUAAUGUUAAUAUAAAAUUUUUUCUAUAGAUUUCAUAUUUUGUUUAAAAUAAGAGAAAUUGAAAUUAUAGAUCGUAAAACCCUUUGUUUUAAAUAGGUCUGUUUAAUUGGUAACUACUGUUAUUCUCUGAACCUGUUAAUGGUUAAAGCUUAGCAUGCUGGGCCAGUGGAAUGUCUUCUGAUUUAUAAAUUGUACAGAUUGAGGACCUGCAGUAGUGAGAUCACAUCGAUCUCUUCUCUUGUAGCUAAUUGGUACUGAACAGGUAUGUACAGUUUUCAUCUAUCAGGAUAAGGUCUUUUCUUAAGUUUUUAGGUUACAAUUUUUUCAUCUUUUUUGUUUUUAUAUAAAGGAUUCUCUUAAAAGCCUAGGUAAUUGUGUUGCCUUCAUAAUUAUUUGUAGCAAAAACUGGAAAUAUGAGUGCAGGACUCUGCUGUGUUCAGUCAUGUCAGAAAUCUUGUCACUUUCUAAGGAUUUAAUAUAUUCAAAUUAGGUUAGGCAUUUAAGUGUAGUUCGAGAAACAAAUCAUUUUGCUGAUCAGAAAUCCAUGCCCUUAAUUUUUUGUAAAAUGUGCUGCGUGGACACUGUACCUAUAAUCCAGAAAGCAUUGAAAUAAAUGAUAUGCUGCUUAUUGUGAUUUUCAUGUGCAUUGUUUUUAGGAGUUCUGUCUAGACUAAAACCAGCAGAUACAACUUCAGUGUUAUUUUUUAUAGCUAGCAAUUAUGUUGGAUUUUUAGUUUAUCAUGUAGAUAACACUGAACUGGUUUAGAUUUUUUAAAUUGGAAAAUCAGGCUAUAUUUGUAAGCUUCUUCUUUUGGGUAUGUUUAUUUUGUGUUGGAAUAAUGAAGUGUAUGUAUGUGGCAGAUUUUUUUAUGAACAGUCCUUCUGAUGAAUUGUAACCAUAAACAAUGAAUGCAGAACUUAUAACUUAUAACUUUUGCAGUUAUUCAGAAGGCAUACUGAGGUUAUCUGUAAAGAGCUGAUUUUAGUAGUGUUCUGCUUAAAUUGCAAGUCAUUGAGGUAUCCAUACCUUGCAAUAGUACCCGAGUACAGUUAAUUGAAGUCACUUGUUUAUAUUUUCAGUUAUCUGCUCCAGCAUUUCAUCUUUAAAGCAAUAUCUUCCGUGGCUUUUUUGCAAUACAGCAUCCAAAUUGAAAACCUAUACUGACUGUUCAUUUUUCUUUCCUUCCGUGAAUAUCCCAUAUAAAACAUUAGCAAGGGAAUACUGUUUGUAGAAGAUGUGCGUUCAUCAGGUUCUUUAGACGAAUGUAAUUGUAAGAUUUGUAUAUAUAGGAGAGAUAACAGGCAUAAUAAAAAAAAAAUGAAAAGGUU